AAUGAUUAACACUACUUAAACAGUGUCCAAUGAAUAUCCAUUCUGAUGAGCACCAGUUUGGGUGGGAAAAUUCCACCCGGUGGUUUCCUUUAUAAGUGAUAAAAUUACAUUAGAUAUUAGACUUAGUGCAGUUUUCAAGGCUGCAUUGUACAGUACUGUACAUGGUGAUAAAUUGAUAAUGUGCUGGAUGAUAUCAAAUGGAGUACGAGGAAAUCACAGAUAUGGAGGACCCGAAAUCCUAUUUAAGCAUUGGGUCAAGGGCUGCUUUGCUGAAUAUUCUGCCAAGCUUUUUGCAAGAGAAAAAUGGAAAUUAUAUUGAAGGGUAAUUUCUGUAGAAGACGUGUACUGCUUUUCUCACGUUUCAGUCAAACAGGUAUUAUCCUAUGCGUGUCUUUAAUAUAUUUCCAGUCCAGUACAUAGCAAACGAAUUUCGAGUAAAAAGGUUUCAUUGUCUACAGGCAAGCGCCAAAUCCGACAAAGGGCGCCGUUUUUCAGCCGAGAUGGCUGCUGAAACAGGUAACUGUGGUGCUCGUGUCGAAGAGAGCACGCAAGCACAGGUUAUAUCGAAAAGCCACGCUAUGUGUUGCGUGGUAGGCUGCACUUCCACAGCAUUACCUGGACUUAUAAGCUUACAUGUAUUCCCGAAGUGUUCAAAGCUAAGAAAACUACGAUCUUUAGAGAAAAUGCUACCCUCAACAAAUGUUGAUAAAAGGAGUGCUCAUGCUGCAGCUCGAGCAGCUUCAGGAGACACUGGGAAGAGGACCGAUCGUGAGGCUGAGAAAGAAUUAACAGCAGCUGAAAUGUUGUUGGAGCUGAGCUCAGUUAAAGAAGUUAAAAACAGCAGAAGUGUCAUUGGAGCUAAGCUCGGUCAACAAAACAUCAGAGGAAGAUGGACAAUCCAGAGUUUUUACCACCUCCACAUCACAUGAAGUUUUGCAUAAUAUUGUGUUAAGUUCAGAACAACCUACACUUGUCACCAUGAUUCAAACACACAGACAGCUCUAUGCAUUUACUGGAAUACAAACGUUUGACUUGUUGAAUGAUAUUGUUAAAGCUGGAGAACCCCUUGACAAAAAUCAGCAGCUUUUAUCAUUCCAUGAUAAAGUACUGUUAACUCUUUGCAAGUUAAAAUUAAACAUUACCUUCACUUGCAUAGCUCUCUUAUUUAAAAUUCCUGAAAGUACAUGCAGAAGAUAUUUCAAAGAAACAUUAAUUGUAUUGGAGGCA